AUGACGGCAGUACCCGCGAUGGCUGCUGGGUUACCCCUCCCCCGCGCCGCCUCAUCAACAUCAACACGACGGCUAGCAUUUUCCAUUCUCAACUUCCUCGCCAUCACAAACUUUGUCCAAUUCGCCAUGGCUCAAAAUAGCUUUGUUCACGCCGUUUACUAUCCAAAUUGGCACGCUUACAAGGGCAAAACACCCGCCAAGAUGGAGCUGGGCUUGGUCACUCAUGUCAUUUACUCCUUCAUGGCAGUGAACACGAAUGGUGCGCUGGAGACAACUGAUAACCACGCGGAUAGAGUUCUGGAUGUAGAUGGCUCCAAGGGUGGCCUCGCAGCCUUGGCAAAGGUGAAGGCGGACAACCCCGGCCUCAAAACCCUCUUCUCCGUCGGCGGUGCCAACAACAGCAAGGAGUUCCCAGCCAUGGCAGCAAACGCGGAAGCCCGCACUCGUUUCGCCAGGGAGGUCAAGAUAUUUGCAGACGAGCAUAACUUUAACGGCGUGGAUAUUGAUUGGGAACACCCUAAGAACGAGGAACAGGGGAAAAACUACAUCGCCCUCCUCGAAGCCGUCCGCAAGGAGAUGCCCCAGGACAAGUACCAACUCACCUCGGCCCUCCCGCCGGCCAAGUGGGCGCUCAAGUACUUUGACGUAAAGCGAGCUGCCGCUGCUCUCGACUACAUGAACCUCAUGUGCUACGACCUGACAGGGCCGUGGACCGAAGUCUCGGGAAACCAUGCUCAGCUGUUCGCCUCGUCAACCCUGGCCAGCAAGGAUGCAACCCUGAGGCUUUCAUGUGCCGACGGUGUCGAAUAUCUGACGGCCAACGGCUUUCCGAGCCGCAAAAUUGUGAUGGGCAUACCCGCAUAUGCGCGCAAUUUCCCAGCGUCCAAGGGUCCGGGACAGAGCACGGCAGGCUCAGGCGAGAUCGACUACGGUAGCCUGCCGCAGAAGUAUAUCGACAAGGCGGUAAUUGACGACACUGCGAUCGCGGCAUCCUAUGUGGAUGAAACGGACGGUUUUGUGACGUUUGACACGCCGAGAACCGUCACGCUCAAGGCCAACUACGCCAAGAUGAAGAACUUGGGUGGUCUCUUUUACUGGACCGGUUCUGGUGACAGAUCAGGGAGGGACAGUCUGAUAAAGGCUGGAUGGAAUUCAAUGUCCACUAAGGUAUCACAUUCCACCAAAAACGUCGGGUUAAGGUCCUGA